AUGGCCAACAAAACUACCGUGAGUGAGUUCAUUCUUCUGGGAUUCGCUGACCUCCAAGAGCGGCAGAUGUUCUACUCCAUGGUCUUCCUGCUUAUUUAUCUAGCCACGGUCAUAGGGAAUCUUCUGAUUGUUGCAGCAGUAGUCCUCGAUUUCCGCCUCCAUACCCCCAUGUACUUCUUCCUGUUCAACCUCUCCUCCUUAGAUCUCUGCUACAUCUCCAUUACCAUCCCCAAGAUGCUAGCCAACUCCCUAACCAACACCAGGUCCAUUUCCUUCAUUGGCUGUGCCACCCAAGUCUUCCUGGUUAUUUCACUCGCGGCCACCGAGUGUGCCCUUCUCUCCGUGAUGGCAUAUGACCGUCGUACUGCCAUCUGUUUUCCUUUACAUUACAAGAUGAUCAUGAGUCGUGGCACCUGUGCCCGGAUGGCAGCUGGUUCCUGGGUCAGUGGAGUCCUCUAUUCGCUGCUUCACACGGGCAACACCUUCCGGUUGCCCUUCUGUCACGCCAACGUUAUCAGCCAGUUCUUCUGUGACAUCCCUCAGCUGCUCAAGCUGGCUUGCUCUGACACGUACCCCAACAAAGUGGUGGUGGUCCUCUUCGGGGUGUGCCUCGCUCUGGGCUGUUUUGUGUUCAUCAUCACGUCCUACAUUCAGAUCUUUUCCACCGUGCUGAGGAUCCCAUCCAUGUCGGGAAAGCAUAAAGCCUUCUCCACCUGCCUACCCCACCUCGUGGUCAUCGGGUUGUUCUUUGGCACGGGCAGCUUUGUGUAUAUGAGGCAAACCUCCGUGACAUCUUCCUCUUGGGACCUGCUGGCAUCUGUGCUCUACGCCGUGCUGCCACCGUUAUCGAAUCCAAUCGUUUAUAGCUUGAGAAACAAGGAGAUAAGGGAGGCUCUGGGGAGGGUGAUAGCAAGGAUGUCUUUCCAAAGAGUUUAA